CACGCGGCCAUGCAAAUCCGCUCCGAAUCGGUCCGCGGGGAACGGAGUCUCGUGACGUUUGUGACAGUUUGUCACGCGCACGUGUUCGCGAGCGGUCGCGCGUUCGUCGGCUACGUUCAGAGCGGACGGAUCCUUGCCACCGCUGCACCGCUGGGCUGCCAUGACUGGCCGCGUUGAUCCCGCGCGAGGAAGUACUGCUAAUGAUCGAUACAUCGCCGUGUUCGCGUUGCCGCUGCUGCCCGGCACCGAUUGAGAUCUGGACCGCCAGGUGACUCGGAUCGAGAUCCGUGAUUCGCGAUGACGAGCAAGAAGAGUCACACCCUCCGCAUAGAGUCCGAAAUCGAUCGGAAUCGCGAGGAUGGCAACUGGAAGAAGGUUAUACAACUCGCGGAUCAUCUAAAAGUGCAGUACCCCAGCAACGAAUGUCUGGCGAAUUUCUUGAGCGGAGAAGCAAGAUUGGAGAGUUUUUUGGAGCAAACUCCACCGAUAGACGCUAAUAUUGUCAAGGCACGAAAUGGACUGACAGAAACAAGGAAAUACUUGUUGCUAGCUGCUAAUGAAAAGGAUAAACAGGCGUUAGUCGUUCUGGAUGCUCAUCUGCUACUUGGAAAACUUCACUAUGCGAUGGGAAUGUACGAGGAUGCGAUUCAUCACUAUCAACAAGCUGAACUAGAUACACUCACAGAAAAGCAAUUACCUUGUCGAAGUUUACGUAUUAUAGCAGAAUCGUAUGCAAUUAAAGAGAAAGAAAGAUCGUUUACUUUAGACACUGACAAACAUUUAUCCUGCCGAAGACUGCGCAUUAUAGCAGAAUCAUAUGCGAUCAAAGGUCUCUGUCUGGAAAGGCUACCACCACACUCUAAGUCGAAAUAUAAGAUUACAGAAUGGCAAGAACAGAUAAUCAAGUGUUACGAAAUUUCUGGUGACUUGACGUUGGUGUAUUUGCAGGAACAAGACAAAAUUGCUAUGCAGCAACAAAAUGGUAUUUCCACUAUAAAUACGAAUAAUACAGGUACAUACUCCACACCAACUCCAGUUUCUACAAAGCAUAUCGGUCCCAUUUUGGAAACUGCGCUACAGAGAGCGCCAAUAUUGUAUAUUCAAACCGGCAACAUACAAGCCGCUGUUAAUCGUUAUAGGGAGAUUUUAUCUGCUGUUGAAUCUACAACUACUCAGAGUCUGCGAGUAACUCUGACCAGACAGUUGGCGGAAGUGUUAUUACGCGGCAUAAGCGGUACUGAUUACAAACCACCAGACGAACAAACUGACACAAUGGGUAUGAUAACAAAUAUACUAUAUAUCCACAUAAAUAUAGCGGAAUAUUCUGAAGAAGAAAAAUUUAUUCAUAUUAAUAUCGCAGCAGCCGUGAGUAAUAGACGGAUAAAUCAUUACUCAGGCGCCAAUCUGUCGGAUUCGCCGUGGAAACCAAAGAAGUACGCGGGACCAAAUAUGUUCGUCCCCAGGAACGAGUACGAGGAGUCGAUUCUGCUAUUGUUGAUCAGCGAGGCGAUGGCGGUAAGAGACGCCGUCCUCAGUCAAUCGCCUGAAUUCAAGGAAGCCAGGAUACACGCGUUUGAGAACGCCACUGCUAUCUACGAUCUACUCACGGUUGUCGUUGUCAGAUGGAGUCAAGUGGAACUUUUACAUGAGUCUUUCGAAAGAGCAAUGAAGUUCUCUCAUGAGGAAGUACACAUAUGGACGCAGUACGCGCUAUGCCUAAUAAGCAUGGGGAGAUACAUGCACGCGUAUAGAGUUUUGAAAGUAGUCGCCAGGCUAUCGCCUCAGAAAGUAAUGCCCUGUCUGUUGGCGGCGAGGCUAUGUUACGAGCAAUUAAAUAUGAUAAAUGAAGGUAUCGAAUGGAGCCAAAAAGCUCUGCAACGAGAGAUGGCGAGUCCACAGGGGAUGCAAUCUAGAUGCCAUUUGUACAUCGGAAUCGGCCACAGCAUGCUCUCUACAAACACAAUUGUGAAGCAGGACAAAGUAAAUCACACAAACACCGCGAUGGACUGCUUUCAAAAAGCGCAACAGUGCGAUCCCAACGAUCAUCUGGCCGAGUAUUACCUGGCUCAUGAAUAUGCGAUAAACAGACAAAUAACCGACGCCAUCGUACACGUGAAAAUUGCACUGAAUCUACGAGCAGAACACAUUCCAUCAUUGCAUUUAUUCGCAUUACUCCUGUCGGCACAUAAGCAAUAUUCUGAAGCAUUACAUGUGAUAAACAGCGUACUAGAGGAAUAUCCGGAUAACUUGAAUUUCCUCUAUGUGAAAGCGCAUCUCGAAUUGCGAAGCAUCGGCGGUGUCGAUGCCUUAUACACCAUCAGCCACAUGCUACAUCUGUGGAAGAGUCUUUAUGAGGAUCAGACGAACGUUAAUUGUAACGAGCAACAGAGCGAGAAGCGCAGCGAGACUAGAAGCGUCUUUCAGCUUUACACGUCGGAAAUGUCCGAUAAAGAUUCUAGUUCCCUGCAUGCGCAAUCAUUAGCCGCUUCGAAAGUCGAGCAAGCUCUUUCUGAGGUUGCCUCGUCAAUUAGCUCAUUCACACCAAAGCCAGGGCCGCAAAGAGCAUGGCUACUGCAAUUGCAGAUCUGGCUCCUGCUCACCGAGGUUUUCCUUAUUCUGGACCAACCGAACGGCGCUGUUCUGUCUCUCCAAGAGGCUACCAACAUCUUCCCAUUGAGUCAUCACAUUAUGUACACGCGUGGCCUUCUGCACGAGUACAAGUUGGAGUAUACGGAAGCGAAGCAAUGCUAUCAAAACGCUGUUUCAAUUAAUCCUUCGCAUAUAAAGAGUUUACAACACUUGGGUCUUAUUUAUCACUAUUUGGGUAGUCAGAGACUGGCUGAGAAAACCUUGAGGGACGCCGCGAAAAUCGAUCCAAAUUCACAUCAAACUUGGUACAAUUUGGGAAUGGUGUUGGAAUCACUGGGCGAGGUGGAGGCUGCCAGCGACUGUAUGGCAACAGCGUUGGAGGUUGAAACGACAAAUCCCAUUUUGCCGAUUCUAUCGAUACCAGUGACCUUUGAGUGAAUUAAGGGAAUAAGAUUCGACGAAAUCACGGUUUAUUCUUUCUCUAUAUGCGCGUUCGUAAUUUCCGCGGGCAUUCCCUCGCCUUCCCGUCAAUAGUACCUGGACACGUUGUACUAUUGUAUAAACUCAUUGUUAAAAAAAAGAAAAGAAGAGAUACUUUAAUUGUACAAAAUAGUUACAAUCGAUGUAAUAAAUUCGAAUAAAGUCUUACCUCCAAAA